GCGGCGGCGGUUGCGCGCAGGCAUUCGGGCGGGCGUUUGGGUGGCCGGUUCUCCUCCGUCCUCGGCGCGGACGGCAUCAUGGCGGCUGCGGUGUUUCUGGCUCUCGGCUUCGCGCUGCUGGGCGUCCAGGGCGCAUCCGCUACGGCCGGCUUCAUCCAGGCCCCACUGUCCCAGGAGGGGUGGGUGGGGGACAGUGUGGCCCUGCACUGCGAGGCUGUGGGCAGACCUGUCCCUGAGAUCCAGUGGUGGUUUGAAGGGAAUAGUCCCAACGACUCGUGCUACCAGCUGUGGGAUGGCGCCCGGCUGGACCGUGUCCACAUCCAUGCCGCCUACCACCAGCAUGCGUCCAGCAGCCUGUCCAUCGACAAGCUCAGCGCGGAGGAUGCAGGCACCUAUGAGUGUCGGGCCAACAACGACCCCAACCGCAACCACCUGACUCUGACCCCCAGGGUCAGGUGGGUCCGUGCUCAGGCGAGCGUGGUGGUCCUCAAACCGGGCACCGUUCAGACCUCUAUGCAGAAGGUCAAUUCCAAGAUACGCCUGACCUGCACCCUAGAUCAGAGCUCUGAAGGGGUCACAGGCCACCGGUGGAUGCGAGGUGACAAGGUGGUGAAAGAGGACACGCUCUCCGGGCUGACCACAGAGUUUGAGAUGGACGAGAAGACCAGGUCGGGCAACUUCUCCUGCAUCUUCCUCCCUGAGCCUUUGGGCAGGGCGGAGAUCAUAGUGAGCGGGCCCCCCGACAUCAAGGCCAUGAAAAAAUCAACUCAUGGUGAGCAGGGGUCAUCAGUCACAAUUAUCUGUACAUCAGAGGCCCACCCUGGAAUCACCUCCUGGGCCUGGUACAAGUCGUCUGACUCUCGGAAUGAGCCCAUCACAAUUGACAACAAGAAGUACUCAAUGAACUCGACAGGGCUCAAGUCAGAGCUGACCAUCAAGAACCUGGAAGCGGGCAGUGACCCUGGCACGUACCUAUGCAAUGGCACUAACUUAGAGGGUAGUGACGCGGCCACAGUGACGCUGCGUGUGCACAGCCACCUAGCUGCCCUCUGGCCUUUCCUGGGUAUCGUGGCUGAGGUCCUGGUGCUGCUCGCCAUAAUCUUCAUCUGUGAGAAGCGACAGAAGCCUAGCCGGGACGCGGAUGCGGACGAAGAUGAACUGGGCUCCGCUCCACUGAAGAGCAGCGGGCACAACCUGGACAAAGACAAGAACGUGCGCCAGAGGACCUCCAGCUGAGCCAGGUGUGCAGCGAGGCUGGGCCCGGGGCACAGGGCCAGGGCCGCCUGCCUGGAGCCUGGCAUCUGCCUCCCACCUCCCACAGAACUCCUUCCCGUGUUUGCCAAAUUCCACAUCCUCUCUCCACUGAGAAAAGCCGCCCGGCAAAAGCACAUGGCUGUAGCCCCCACUGAAUUCCUCCUUCCGUCCCUCCUCCACUAAAUGAGGCUUUUCUCCACAUGGGUUUCCUUUCCAGACACACCACUAGAGCCCCAGAUGGUCAGUGUGCCCCCGAGCCUCUGGGGCGGGUGUGCAGGGCUAGGGGCCUUGUCCUGGGUGGCACGCCAGGCCCGGCCAGCACCUACUUGAACUGGCACUGUCUGGCCACACCUGUGCUCUCAUGUUCUCGCAAAGGCCACAGUCUGUUUCAAACCCAGUAGAAGCUGAGUGAGUCUCUGACCUCAUGGUGGAGGGCCCCACUUAGUCACUUUUAGGGUGACCUUUUCACUGCUCCCUAGUGACCUCGGACCCCUCCCAAUGUCUGUGUGCCCAGGACCAGAAUUGCAGAAGUGCUUCUCUCCGCGGACAUCCUUUGGGCCUCCUGGGAUCCCUAAUCCCCAGCUGGCACAAUAAAGACUGACCUCACCUGUC